AUGAAGAGGAUAUUAACUCCGUGGCAGAAGACGACCCGACCGGACGACCAGACGACCCGACCGGACGACCAGACGACCCGACCGGACGACCAGACGACCCGACCGGACGACCAGACGACCCGACCGGACGACCAGACGACCCGACCGGACGACCAGACGACCCGACCGGACGACCAGACGACCCGACCGGACGACCAGACGAACCGACUGGACGACCAGACGACCCGACCGGACGACCAGACGACCCGACCGGACGACCAGACGACCCGACCGGACGACCAGACGACCCGACCGGACGACCAGACGAACCGACUGGACGACCAGACGACCCGACCGGACGACCAGACGACCCGACCGGACGACCAGACGAACCGACUGGACGACCAGACGACCCGACCGGACGACCAGACGACCCGACCGGACGACCAGACGACCCGACCGGACGACCAGACGACCCGACCGGACGACCAGACGACCCGACCGGACGACCAGACGAACCGACUGGACGACCAGACGACCCGACCGGACGACCAGACGACCCGACCGGACGACCAGACGAACCGACUGGACGACCAGACGACCCGACCGGACGACCAGACGACCCGACCGGACGACCAGACGACCCGACCGGACGACCAGACGACCCGACCGGACGACCAGACGACCCGACCGGACGACCAGACGACCCUACCGGACGACCAGACGACCCUACCGGACGACCAGACGACCCGACCGGACGACCAGACGACCCGACCGGACGACCAGACGAACCGACUGGACGACCAGACGACCCGACCGGACGACCAGACGACCCGACCGGACGACCAGACGAACCGACUGGACGACCAGACGACCCGACCGGACGACCAGACGACCCGACCGGACGACCAGACGACCCGACCGGACGACCAGACGACCCGACCGGACGACCAGACGACCCGACCGGACGACCAGACGACCCUACCGGACGACCAGACGACCCUACCGGACGACCAGACGACCCGACCGGACGACCAGACGACCCGACCGGACGACCAGACGAACCGACUGGACGACCAGACGACCCGACCGGACGACCAGACGACCCGACCGGACGACCAGACGAACCGACUGGACGACCAGACGACCCGACCGGACGACCAGACGACCCGACCGGACGACCAGACGACCCGACCGGACGACCAGACGACCCGACCGGACGACCAGACGACCCGACCGGACGACCAGACGACCCUACCGGACGACCAGACGACCCUACCGGACGACCAGACGACCCGACCGGACGACCAGACGACCCGACCGGACGACCAGACGACCCUACCGGACGACCAGACGACCCUACCGGACGACCAGACGACCCUACCGGACGACCAGACGACCCGACCGGACGACCAGACGACCCGACCGGACGACCAGACGACCCGACCGGACGACCAGACGACCCGACCGGACGACCAGACGACCCUACCGGACGACCCUACCGGACGACCAGACGACCCUACCGGACGACCAGACGACCCUACCGGACGACCAGGCGACCCUACCGGACGACCAGACGACCCUACCGGACGACCAGACGACCCUACCGGACGACCAGACGACCCUACCGGACGACCAGACGACCCUACCGGACGACCAGACGACCCUACCGGACGACCCGACCGGACGACCCGACGACCCUACCGGACGACCGGACGACCCUACUGGACGACCAGACGACCCUACCGGACGACCAGACGACCAGACGACACUACCAGACGACCCUACUGGACGACCAGACGAACCUACCGGACGACCAGACGACCAGACGACACUACCAGACGACCAGACGACCCUACUGGACGACCAGACGACCCUACCGGACGACCAGACGACCAGACGACACUACCAGACGACCAGACGACCUAG